AUGAAACAACAGAAAAGCGAUGAUGGAAAGUUUCCGAAAAAGAUCCAGUCCAUCAGUUUGCUUGGGCUACAUCUACUCGGCUGUCAUCAAGCAGCCAUGUAUGGGAAGACGGUACUAGAGUCCAAGCCGGAACGUCUUAGGCAAAAUGUAGGGAUGUUUGGCAGUAAGAAUGGGAAAUUAGAGCUCGAGUUGAAGAAAAUCACAAAUGAUGAGAACGGCGAGAACAGAAAUCCCAUUUUUACGGAUUGCUGGCAAGAGUCUCUGGACUUGAAUUUGAACGAGGUUCUACGUGCAUGCGAAGAUAGGAAGGAGUUGCUUCAAUAUCGCGGAAAACUUCCGCGCGAUGGAUGGUGCAACGGUGAAUCGAGCAAGAAUCCCUCUGGGUCCGGCCAGCUGGUUUUCCAGAUCGAUCGUAACGUUGAAAUAGAAAAUGUGAUACAGAGUCCACAAAUGGAAAUACGCCCUCCUGACCAACUCGCACCGGGAUCGAUGCCACCGGAUGAGGUACAACGACAUGUCAGCGUCAUCGGUAAAGAUCGGCCGCCGACAAUGAAUUUUCCGCCCUUCAAGAAAGAACCUGUCUGUUGGUACUGCUACGAUAAGUACACGGAGAUGUGCCUUGCUCAAGGAAGAAAUCCACCUAGUUUGCAUAGUUUCCGUGUUAUCGAUGGUCGUUUCAGCUGUCCACAUUUGUGGUUCACUAAAUGUGAACGUUGUGGAGCUACUGCUGCAGAUGCACAUACUGAUUCAUACUGUCCCAUGUUCACGUUUAGCAAUCUUCGCGUUGACAGCACUUAA